AUGGGCAUUUUUAGUGGUAAAAAAAGGAAAGCAUCGAGCUUUUUUGUUGCCACUGAAAGUCGUGCAAAUGAUAUAAUGUUGAGAUUUCAUGAUUGCUGUCAGAACUACAGGGAAAUUACAAAAAAUCAGGAAUUUGUUGUUCAAAAGCUUAAAGAGCCUGUAUUAGAUGAAAUCAAAGGAUUGGUUAAAGGACUGCAUCUAUUUCCGGUGCCAAAGCCUGAUUCCAAACAUAUAAUCACCUUUGCUAAUCAAUCAGAUUACAUUUCUUUUAGGCAUCAUGUCUAUAGGCAAAGUGGAGGUCCUAAAUCAAUUGAUCUAAAGGAGGUUGGGCCGCGGUUUGAGUUAAAAUUGUAUCAGUUAGGUCGGAACUUUAUGCAGCAUACUCCUAAAACUCGCUCCACAUUUGUAUUUGUUAGAAUGCGAACAUGA